GCAGAGAAAAAAAGACCCGAGAGCAACUGAGGAAUGUGGCAGAGCAGGAUUUCCUCUUAAAUAUCGCGUUGUUGGAGAGUUUAAACCCUGGAAGAGGCAGUUUGUGGAAGAAAAACACCACAUUUCUCAGCUCCAUUAGUCUCACAUGUUUUCUGGAGACACGAUGGCGAAUAAAGGACAUGGUUCAGAUCCUCCACUGAAGCGCAGCAGGAGCUUUCCUUUCAUUCCACCUGACAUGUCGGAGCUGAGGCUGGUUCUGUUGGGGAACAGCUGGUCUGAGAGGAGCUCAGUGGGAAACUUCAUUCUGGGAACGAACGCAUUCAACACAGAGGAAGAACUGGAUCAAUGUGUUCUUGUCAGCAGGGAGUCGAAGGACAAAAGAGUCACUCUUAUCAACACUCCAAACCUCUUACAACCAAACAUCUCUCUGACAGAACUGACAGAACAUGUUGAACGUUGUGUGAGUCUCUCUGCUCCUGGACCUCAUCUGUUCCUGCUGGUUAUUCAGCCUGAAGUCUUCACUGAGCAGAACAGUCAGAGGCUUCAGUUCAUCCUGGAGAACUUCAGUGAGCAGCCAUGGACUCAUUCAGUCUUACUGAUAUCAGCAGCUGAAGGGAAGAGGUUGUCACAGUCUGCGAAAACUUUCCCCUCAUUGAGAGACUUGAUAAAGAAAUGCAGAGUCAAACAGUUGUGGAACAAAAACUUCCAACAACACCUGCUGACGUGCAUGAGGGACCUGAUGAAGGAGAACAAUGGAGAGCAUGUAACACAAGAUGUUUCCAGAGUUGCACGUUCAGAUUUAUCUUCUGGUCCCGAAGGUUUGAAGAGAGAUGGAGUUUCUACCAGCUCCAACCAGGAUCCUGUGGAAGGAAACAAACAUGGACUCAGGAUCGUGUUGUUUGGAAAAAGUGAUGACAAGAAAAUAUCACUGGGAAACCUCAUCACUGGGAAGCAAGAGUUUAAAGCUUCAUCCUGGUUUUCUGGAGGAAAGUCAUGUGAAUCUGUCAGUGGAGAGUGGGACAGAAAACCUUUGACAGUGGUGAAAACUCCAGACGUCUUUAAUCUGCCAGUGGAAGCAGUGAGAAAGGAGAUGAAGAGGUGUGUGGAGCUCUGUUCUCCAGGACCAAAUGUUCUGCUGCUGCCAGUGAAACCCUCUGAAUUCACUGAAGAGGACAGAAAAACUCUGAUGUUCAUCCUGAGUCUGUUUGGUCAGGAUGUCUUCAAACACUCCAUGGUCGUCCUGACCCACGAAGAUGAAGGUCGUCACCCCACAGUAGACAGACUCAUCCAGGACUGCCAGCAAAAGGUUCACAGCUUCACUGCUGACUGGAAGGAUCCUUCCAAACGUGGCCUUCAAGAGUUGAUGCAGAAAAUGGAAACUAUAGUGAACACCCUCAGAGGAGAGUUUCUGGUCAUAGAUAAAGAAACAGAUGUUGGAACAGUGAGAAGAAAACCCAAACCUCCUGUGAACCUGGUGUUGUUUGGUCGAAGAGAAGCUGGAAAGACGUCAGCAGUCAAUGCUAUACUGGGACCAGGAAGGCUUGGACCAGCUGCCAACUCCUCAGAGUGUGUCAGAAACCAGGGAGAGGUGUGUGGACAGUGGGUCUCUGUGGUGGAGCUGCCUGCUUUGUAUGGAAGACCUCAGGAGGAGGUGAUGGAGGACGCUCUCAGCUGUGUCUCCCUCUGUGAUCCUGAAGGUGUCCACGCCUUCAUCCUGGUCCUGCCUGUGGGUCCACUCACUGAUGAAGACAAGAGAGAGUUAGAGACCAUCCAGAAGACCUUCAGCUCUCGAGUCAAUGACUUCACCAUGAUUCUGUUCACUGUGGACUCAGAUCCUUCACAUCCAGAUGUUGUCAACUUUGUCAAAAAAGACGACGACAUGAAGAAACUAUGUGAGAGCUGUGGAGGAAGAUUUGUCAUUGUCAACAUCAACAAGAUCCAAGUGUCUGAGCUGCUGAAAGUCGUGGGGAGGAGAUCUGACACUUUCACAAUACAAACACUUGCGUCUGGACAAAUUAAUCAGAUCAUUCAAAAAGACACAAGAAACAACGAGCUGCAGGCUGAACUAGAAGAACUGCAGAAGAGCAGAAAGACUGGUGUUGAAGAAAAGCCGAGGACAGACUGUCUCCGAAUUGUUCUUCUGGGGAAGACCGGCAAUGGAAAGAGCUCCUCAGGAAACACCAUCCUGGGAAAAGAGGUGUUUAAAGCCAAAUCAAGCCAAACAUCCGUCACCAAACUUUGUCAGAAAGCAGUGGGUGAAGUAGACGGUCGUGCUGUGGCUGUGGUCGACACUCCUGGACUGUUCGACACCAAUUUGUCCCAUGAAGAAGUUCAUGAGGAGCUGGUGAAAUGUGUCAGUCUUCUGGCUCCAGGACCACACGUCUUCUUACUGGUGUUACAAAUUGGGCGACUCACCCCAGAAGAGAAGGAGACCCUGAAACUCAUCAAGCAGAGUUUUGGUAGCAAUUCUGAAAAAUAUACCAUCGUUCUUUUCACACGAGGAGAUUCACUGGAACAUGACAAAAGGACCAUUAAAGAAUAUAUCCAUGACGAUUGUGAUGAUUCCUUCAAGAAGUUGAUCAGAGACUGUGGAGACAGAUACCACAUGUUUAACAACUAUAGCAGUGAUAAAAACACUCAAGUCAGUGAUCUGAUGGCAAAGAUCAACGCCAUGGUGGAGGAAAACAACGGCUUGUGCUUCACUAAUGAUUUGCUGCAAGAAGCCGAAGCAGCCAUCCAGAAAGAAAUGAAGAGACUCCUGAAAGAGAAAGAAGAAGAGAUGCAGAAAAAGAUAGAAGACAUUGAAAGAAAACUCAACGAAGAAAAGGAAGCAAUGAGAAGACAAAUGGAGGAGCAAAAAACAGAAAUAAAACAGGAGGUGCUGAAGAAGGACAAAAAACUGAGAGAAAUGAAAGAACAGAUCACCAAAGAACAUGAAGAGAGGAAGAAAGAACAAGACAAGAGAGAAAAAGAAGAGCAGAAGUAUAGAGAUGAGAAGAAGACAUGGGAAGAAAAACUGGCUUCACAGGAGGAAUUCAAAGCUAAAUCAGAAUUUGAGGCAAAUAAGCUCAGAAUGGAGAUGAAACUGAAACAUGAUGCCUGGGAGAGGGAGCGAGAUCAGUGGAACGAGAAACGAAGCAAAGAAGAUGAAGAGAGAAAGCAGAGGGAGAAACGACUUCAGGCAGAAUACAUUCAGUUAACACAGGAAUAUGAAAACAUCAAAAAAGAAGAUGGCAAAAUCAGAAAAUGUCACGAAAAACAACAACAAGAACUAAAAGAUAAGUUCAGUGAUGAACUGAAAAACCUCAGAAUGAGUUAUGAAGAGAAAGCCAGGCAGAAAGCUGAAGACUUUAAUGAGUUCAAAGAAAAAUACAAAAAGGAUCUUGAGUAUCAGAAGCAACAACAUCAACAAAGCAUGAAAGAUAAAGAUGAAAAAUAUGAUCUUUUGAUGGCUCUUAAAGAGCGCAAAGAAAUGGAAAAGACCAAAAAACACAGAGAGCAAAUCAGUGACCUGGUGAAGUGUGUGAAGAAAGGCAAUAUAGAAGAAAUCAGCUCCUUGUUGAUGAAACAUGAUGAAGAAAUGAAACAAAAAACCACUGAGAAGGAACAGAAAGAACUGCAGAAAAACCAGGAAAAAGAACUCGUUGAUUUGAUCGAGAAACUUCUUCAGACAGAGGAGCCUCAAUCGUCCUGUGUUAUUUUGUGAGAGACAUGAUGUGACCUCCAGGGCACCAUGGUGAAGCAGCGGUUUGCCCAUACACCUCACAUCCUGCAGACUCCAGUUUGAUUCCAGUCCUUUUCUGCAUGAAGUUUGCAUGUUCUCCCUGUUUCUGCAUUGACUCGCUUCCAACAGCAAUCCAAGGGCUUGUUUGUUUGCUGACAUCCUGAAGGUCUACAUGUGUCAAAAGACUUUCAACCAUAUUGAGGCUCAUGUACUCACUGAAAUAACAAAACAACAUUCUCACAUUUAUAUUGAGAAGAGUGGAUUUUUUGGCCUCCUUCUCAUCUCUGGACUCUGUGGCUUUGGUCUGUUGUGUACUGUGUGUCUGUGUGACAGAGGGGAAGAGAACCAGCCUCUGACAUGUGACAUAUGGGUUGAUGUCGUGACACCAUGGGUUUACUUUGGGAUGUCCUGAUCAGAUUUAUUGGCCCCAAUGUUUUUAUCAGAUUUCUUUUUGGAAUUGAGCUUCAUCAGACUUCUUUUUCACCUUCUUCUUCUUUGAGAUAACUUGUUCGCUGCUGUGUAGCUGAAGCUGCUGUAGUGGAACUCUUAGAUGGUUCUUUACAACAAACAACUUCAGGAAAUAGAUCAGAUGUUUUCAAUCACAGAUUCAUUGGAAAAAGCAGAAAUCAUCCCGAUCCGAUCAGGAAAUCCCCAACGUUGGCACAUGGCAAUUCAUUUGUUUUGUGACAGAGUAUUAUUUUAGUAUUGUAGUGGUAUUAUAUUAUAUUAUUGUAGUUUCCUGAUUCAUGUUGUAAUUUUAUUUUACUUUGAUUUGUGGUAACUGCAAACUCAACUUUUCUGAAAUGUUGCUACUGCAUUCAUCUACGACGUUUGCAUCCAGCAUCAUGACUCCCGGUCUCUAUUCUGCUGGACUUGGUAGUUUUAUAGUGGAGUCACCAAAAAAGGCAAUUCCACUUGGUGAUCUGUCCAGAUGAAUGCAUUGCUAAAGGGCAACUCCGGUUUGUUGACACCUGGACCUUAUUUAUAGGUGUGUGCAUGUUCAUAUACUCACUCAGAUAAACAUCGUGCAGCUCGGAGUCCUUCAGAAGUUAUUUAGAUCCAAACGAUGU